ACUAACCGCUGCUGCACACGUGCGUUUGAUUUGUAAACACGCGCUGCAUUUGAUCAUUGAUUUUUGAAGAUAAAAUGGGUGCAACCAAGAAUCUGGACUUGAUUGGCACCAUCGAGGAUGAUGCAGAGGUUGAGAACCUAUCCGAGGACUCCGAUGCCGAAGUGGAGUACCAACCCACUAAAUUGAGGCAUAAAAAAGUCACAGAGUUCGAGAAGGGCUUUGAGUUUGUGUCCUCUGUAAAGGAAUACAACCAAGACACAUGGGACGAUUUGAUGAAGUAUGUGAAGAGGAAGGCACGCACCAAGACCGAUGACAAGAUUGCUGCGCGUCUUCAAAAAAGAGGUGGCGCAGAGGUUGUAGCUGCCGAGCAGAGCGACGGAAGCGAAAUUGACCUUUCAGAGGAUGAACUGAAGCACGACAACUUACGGCUACGUGAAAAGAAACUGUCUAAAAACAAAAAGAAAAAGGCUGCAGAGGAGGACGAGGAGGAUGAAGGCGAAAAGAUGCAAUUUGACGACUCGAUUGAAGCCAAUGACCAGAUUACCUCGUUCUACCAGAUGAAUCUGUCCCGUCCUCUGAUGCGGGCCAUCGGCGUGCUCGGUUACAUAUAUCCCACGCCUAUCCAGGCAUCCACUAUUCCAGUGGCCUUAUUGGGUCGUGAUAUUUGUGGCUGUGCUGCAACUGGUACAGGAAAAACUGCUGCUUACAUGCUACCCACUCUGGAACGACUUCUUUACCGACCGCUUAACAACAAGGCUAUAACCAGAGUCUUGGUUUUGGUGCCCACUCGUGAGCUGGGUGCUCAGGUCUAUCAGGUUACCAAGCAACUGUGUCAGUUCACAAGCAUCGACGUUGGUCUGGCCAUCGGUGGUUUGGAUGUAAAGGCCCAGGAGGCGGUACUGCGUCAAAAUCCAGAUAUAGUUAUUGCCACUCCCGGUCGUCUAAUUGACCACAUUAAGAACACUCCGAGCUUUACCCUGGAUUCGAUUGAGGUUCUCAUCCUUGACGAGGCUGACAGGAUGUUGGACGAGUACUUUGCGGAACAGAUGAAAGAGAUUAUCAACUCUUGCUGCAAGACGCGCCAGACUAUGCUCUUCUCCGCCACGAUGAGCGAGCAAGUCAAAGAUCUAGCUGCCGUUUCUUUGGACAAGCCUGUAAAGGUGUUCGUAAACAACAACCAACAGGUGGCUUUCAACCUCCGUCAGGAAUUCAUUCGUAUUCGGGAAGAUAAGGAAGGUGAUAGGGAGCCCAUUUUGGCCAGCUUGAUCUGCCGCACGUUCCACGACCACUGCAUGGUAUUUGUGCAGACCAAAAAACAGGCCCAUCGCCUCCACAUUCUGUUGGGCCUUCUUGGCGUCCGGGCAGGCGAACUUCAUGGAAAUCUUACCCAGCAACAGCGCCUUGAAUCGCUCAAGAAGUUCAAGGAAGAACAGAUCGACGUGCUAAUAGCCACCGACGUGGCCGCUCGAGGUCUGGAUAUCGUUGGCGUCAAGACGGUCAUCAAUUUUGUAAUGCCCAUUACAACAGAGCAUUACAUCCAUCGUGUGGGUCGUACAGCUCGUGCCGGACGUGCUGGUAUUUCCGUGUCGCUUGCUGGAGAAAAGGAGCGAAAGAUAGUCAAGGAUAUCAUAAAGAAUGCAGAAAGCACAAUCAAGAAUCGGAUUAUACCUCCAGAGAUUAUUGAAAAGUACCGAAACAAACUAACUGCUUUGGAACCAGAAAUUCAAAACAUUCUUGAAGAAGAACAGGCAGAACGUCAGUUGGCCAAGACCGAGCAGCAGUUGUCCAAAACGGAGCGGAAACUGCUGGGCCAGUCUAACGAGCGACGUGGCUGGUUCCAAACCAAAAAGCAGCGCGAGGAUGAGAAGGCACGCUUGGCACUGACGCCGGCAGAUGAGGAAAAGCCGGCCGGUGCCAAGGGUAAGGGAAAAGCAGCAGUCAAGCGGAAGAGGCCUGAGUAUGGUGGCGAUGGCGAAGAUGGACCGCCAGUAAAGGAGCUUGAGGCAAAGCGCAACAAAAAGAAGAAAGAGGAGCCGAAAAAGAAAACGCCCGAACAACUGGCCAAAGAGCGGGCAAUGAAGGAGAUCGAGAAAGUGUCCCUGGUGCGGGCAAAGAUGGCCAAGCUGCGCAAACGCCCUGGCAAGCUGGGAGCAGCCACCGAAAAUCAUAAAGGUAGUGCAGCCAGCAGCCGGCAGCCCAAGCGGCGUGGCCCUCAGUCGGCGUUUACCAAUGAUCUAACAGACGUUAGUCGCAGUGGUGCCCUACGUCUAAGAUCUGAAGCUAAUCGUCAUAAGAAACUGACUAAGAUUGCCGCCAAGAAGAAGGCCAGCAACGUUAAAAUAACAAACAAGGCGGGCAAAAACAAGUUCAACAAGGGAAAGAGUUUCGGAGGCCCAAGAUUCGCCAAGAAGGAUAAAAAGAAAUAAAUUUUGAUGAAUAGUUAUAUGCAAUGUUAAUUUUUAAUUUUGUAAAAUAAAUAA